AUGGCUAAGACUUCGGAGCAGAUGUGUGCUUUCUGUGGGAAGAAGGCUGGAGGAGACGUGGGAGGGCUGCACAACACCACUGACAACAGUAUCCUGGCUCACUACGACUGCCUGAUUUUCUCACCACAAGUGAUUACAACAGAGUCUGACGAUGAACCAGAAUUUGAUAUUUCAUCUGUGCUAGCAGAGAUUAAGAGAGGAAAAAAAAUGAAAUGUUCAUACUGUAAACAACCUGGAGCUACUAUUGGUUGUGACAUAAAAAGAUGUCACAAACAUACCAUUAUGUAUGUGUGGAAAAAGACAAAGGAACUAGAGACAGCGAGCGAUAUGUCGUCUAUUGUUCGAAACAUAAAGAUAUAAAAAAGGACAGCGAUACUGCACAAGAAACUGAAAGAUCCAGAACAUCUGAUGGUCCAUCCACAUCGUAUGACAACGAAAUGCUG